UCGUGUUUUGUUGAUUUGUUACACGAAAUUAGUAAAAAUGGCAUAAAAAAUGCAAACGGGUCACAAAUCCCCUUGUGACGUUGAUUUCUGACAUCUGCUUGGUUAAAUCCAUUAAAAGCGCGCAAACUACCAAAAUUUAUUGUUGAAGAUAGAUAAUCGAAUGGGCCUAACGGGCUUAAUGGGCCUAGCUGAAACUCGAGAAAAAACCAGCAACGAGUUUUGAUUCUCUGAAUCAGCGUCGAGAAAAAGCUACGAUUGUGUGUUAUUGCAACAUUUCUCUUCUGCUUCUUCGUCGUUUAGCUUCAGAGGACGACAAUCCGGUGGGCGAGAGAGAAUCGGCGACCUUUUUAAUUCGCUCGUAAUUUGUUUCGAUUUUCGCAACGAAUUUAAUCAACUUUUGUGUGUGAGUUUCUUAAGAAGUGAGAAGCAAUGAUUGGGUUAUUUAAAGUUAAGGAAAAGCAAAGAGAACAAGCUCAAAAUGCUACUAGAGGAGGAGCUUCUGUUAAGAAGCAAUCUGCUGGCGAACUUCGUCUUCACAAAGAUAUAUCAGAGUUGAACCUUCCUAGCUCUUGUUCGAUAUCUUUCCCAAAUGGAAAAGAUGAUUUGAUGAACUUUGAAGUGUCCAUUAAACCUGAUGAUGGAUAUUACCACAAUGGUACGUUUGUUUUCACAUUCCAAGUUUCUCCUGUGUAUCCACAUGAAGCUCCAAAAGUUAAAUGCAAAACCAAGGUUUAUCAUCCCAAUAUCGAUUUGGAAGGAAACGUUUGCCUGAACAUCUUGCGUGAAGAUUGGAAACCGGUUCUUAACAUAAACACAGUUAUCUACGGACUCUUCCAUCUGUUCACGGAACCCAAUUCUGAAGAUCCCUUGAACCAUGAUGCAGCAGCAGUUUUAAGGGAUAACCCAAAGCUGUUUGAGACCAAUGUUCGCAGGGCCAUGACCGGGGGAUAUGUUGGUCAAACCUUUUUCCCGCGCUGUAUCUAACAAAGCUCUGGUUUGUCUUCUUCAAGCAAAAAGAUAAGAACCAAACCCUUUAUCCGCCAUUGUAUUUCUUCUCUUUCUCGAGGACCCUUGUUUGUUUGUUUGAUCUUGUAAAAUUACAUUCCGCGUAAAAGAAACCCUUUCCUUAGCUCGAAAUCUUGUGAACUUUAGUUCGUGAGAAUUCGAUAAAGGAGACUGAAAGGAAUUGUGUAACAUGUUUGAUCUUUGUCAUUUCUUGGUUUCCUUAUAAAUUAUUUGUUUGAAUUUCA